GGUAUGGGCCCCCAUCCCGAUAUCGCGGGAUUUGUUUGACCCGUACAUUUCGUCCUUUCGUUUUUCUCUCCUUUCGGUGACUCACCGCAAAUCUCUCUUUUCUCCUUAAAUACUCCUCUCCUAGUCUCAAUUGCUUGCAUCUAUUCAUAUUUCAUUCCAUUUACUGCCAUCCGAAUGGCCUUCGUACGUGUGGCCUCGCGGCGACUGCCGCUCGCAAGGAAGCUGGUCCCUGUCAUUGAGUCACCACUUCAGCGACGGUUCGCAUCCUCCGCAACAGGUCCAAAUGCGAAGUCUCAGACAAAGACAUCUCUGCCCAAUCCCGACCCGGCUGCCGAUUCCGCAACAAUGUCCUUCGUGGAAGAGCGAGCGCCCUUUAUGGUCCCCACCUACGUUCGCCCUGCUCCGAUGAUGGUGAAAGGUCAAGGAUGCUACUUAUGGGAUAUGGAGAACAGACGGUACCUUGAUCUCACAGCUGGUAUUGCCGUGAACUCUCUCGGUCACUGUGACCCCGAGAUCGCACAGAUUAUUGCUGAGCAGGCCGAGACCCUCAUCCACGCCUCGAACCUUUACCACAAUGCAUGGACCGGCGCUCUCAGCAAGCUGUUGAUCACAAAGACACGGGAGUCUGGCGCCAUGCGCGAUGCAUCCCAGGUGUUCAUUUCCAACUCGGGAACAGAGGCGAACGAGGCAGCCAUCAAGUUCGCUCGUAAGGUUGGCAAGUCUCUCGACCCCUCGGGCGCAAAGCAUGAAUUCGUUUCCUUCCACAACUCGUUCCACGGCCGUACGAUGGGCGCUCUCUCCGCUACCCCCAACCCAAAGUACCAGACACCUUUCUCCCCCAUGCUCCCGGGCUUCAAGUACGGUAACUACAACGAUGUAGAACAACUUCAGACUCUUAUCACGGACAAGACCUGUGGUGUUAUUGUGGAGCCGAUCCAGGGCGAGGGUGGUGUCAACGUUGCUACUCCCGAGUUCCUCGCAGCUCUCCGCAAACGCUGCGACGAGGUCGGGGCCGUUUUGAUUUUCGACGAGAUCCAAUGUGGUCUUUCUCGUACCGGUACUUUCUGGGCUCAUGCCCACCCUUCCCUUGCCCCCGCGUCGGGCGAAGCUGCACACCCGGAUAUCCUGACCUCGGCUAAGGCGCUGGGCAACGGUGUCCCUAUCGGCGCGACCAUUGUCUCAGGAAAGACUGUUGCGGAGCAUAUCAAGGCUGGUGACCACGGAACCACCUUCGGUGGAAACCCAUUGGUAUGCCGCGUGGCACACCACAUUGUUGAGCGCCUCGCAACUUCGGAGCUGCAAACCUCUGUCGAGACUAAAUCGGCGGCACUCAUCUCGGGGCUUAAGGAUCUCCAGAAGAAGUAUCCUGGUGUUAUCUCGGAGAUCCGUGGUCGCGGUUUGAUUUUGGGAGCCCAGCUCUCCCAGGAAUUCACAUCUAAGGCAUCCGACUUGAUCACUGCCGCGCGGGAACGCGGUUUGUUGAUCAUCACUGCUGGUGAUGGCUGCCUCCGCUUUGUCCCUCCUCUGACCAUCACUGAGGAUCAGAUCAAGACAGCCUUGAAGAUCUUGGAGCAGGCUCUGGAUGCCGUCAUCACUAAGGCAUAAAUGACGGAGUCUUCUUGCGUGCCAAAAAGUUCGACAUUUCAGUAUACGUCACAUUCACUGACUGAUGAAUGUUAGCUGUUCAUAUACCAUGUGCUCUUCCUGUGUUUUCCUCUGUUCAUCUUGAGUAACGAUAGAAGGCAGCUAGCUCGGUGCAUCCUAAAUAUAGACUAGGAGAUUUCGAAGUGUUCGAAUUACUCUUGAUCAAGGCAUAUCUGUAAAAGUAUCCUAAGGCAGAGAAUCCAGGCAGUAAGGCAUCAAGGCUACCAGUCACGCGCUCACUUGCCAUCCUUAUCAGUUCGCGGCAGACCGCUUCCCGUCACCUCGACA